GUUGACAAUGAAACUGUCUCAGGAAACUUGAGUCUCCGGUGACAAAUAAGACUCUCAACCAAGACAGGAUGCAUAUGACCCAGCCACUGAGCCAAAGGGAUAUGGGAGGCAAACAAGCUGGGCUCUAUUGUCUUAGCAUAUGCUUUACGGACAUUUAUAGAAUUUGAGCUCACAACGAAAUCACUCCGUUGGUUGUUCCUUCAUGCAGCAAAGAUGGGGAUUCCUCCGCAGGUAUUUCAGUUGCUGCUGCUGUUUUUGGGACUGACAGUUGAGCCCAGUGAAGAGGUAGAGGCUUUGUGUUCUGGGACCACUUGCUACACACUGAAUUUUGGACGGUUGAGUUGGAUGGAAGCUCAGCAAAAGUGCAAGGACAACGGGGGUAACCUGAUGACUCUGAAAAGCCACGAGGAGGCUCUGCUUGUCCCACAGCUGCUCGCCAAGAGGCCCGAAGGGGAAGAAGCUGGCACAGUUUCAGAGGUAAGAUUGUGGAUUGGGCUUCACCGAAAGAAAGGCAAAUGCUACGAGAAACAUCGGCCAUUGAAGGGCUUCCGCUGGGUGACAGGUGGUGAGGACACCCACUACUCCAAAUGGGGACAGGAACCCCGGGAAACAUGCUUGUCAAAUAUGUGUGUGGCCCUUCAGGGGUCUCCCUUCUCAUCUCAGGAACUGUUUUGGGUAGACAGCCUCUGUGGCAGUGCAACUGCUGGAUUGUCAGGCUUCUUGUGCAAGUUCAGUUUCCAGGGAAUGUGCCGUCCACUUGUACUGGCGGGGCCAGGCGUGGUCAGCUAUAGCACUCCUUUUGGUGUAGCCACUGAUUUCCUUGCCACUGUACCCUUUGGCUCCACAGCUGAAGUAGCAUGUGAGCCCCUAGGAGAGGAGAUACCUAACAGCUUCCUUGUGUGCAAGCCACAGCCGAACAGCAAUGUCUCCGAAUGGAGCAGCCCAGGCCCAUUUUGUGCUUCGCUCACUUACGGUUGCAGCUACAACAAUGGGGGUUGUGAACAUGAGUGUCUGGGUCAAGGCAAGGGUUUGUUUCAAUGUGCAUGCCGCUCAGGAUACCAACUUGGAAGGGAUCAUCUUUCCUGUGUCCCCGUGGACUACUGCAGCUCCAAUCCAUGUCAAGGACAGUGUAAACCAUACCCCGGGGGCUUCCAAUGCCUCUGUGCUUCCGGUUAUAUUUUGGCUGAUGAUGAGCGGAGCUGCGUAGAUGUGAAUGAGUGUGAUGCGCCUCAAAGUCCUUGUGAACAAAUCUGUGUGAAUACCAAGGGGUCCUUCACAUGUCAUUGCAACCGAGGCUAUAUGCCUGCUGAGUCUGACCACCAGGCAUGCCAGGACAUUGAUGAGUGUGCGAGGAACACACCAUGUGACCAGAUUUGUGUAAAUACUCAUGGCUCCUUCCACUGCUCUUGCCAGCCAGGAUACCAGCUGGAAGGUAUUAAUAGCUCUUCUUGCCUUGAUAUGGACGAGUGUCAGGAAGACCUUUGCGAACAUAUGUGCAUCAAUCAAGUUGGCAGCUACCGGUGCUCUUGUAGAGACGGAUGGAUUUUGGCACCCAAUGGGAUCUCUUGUCUCACAGAUCCAACAAGCAGCACCUCUUCACUAUCCACUCAGGGAGGAGAAUGGAUUCCAACAGAUAUUCAUCCUGCUUCGGAGUUACCAGCCCUGCUGACUGAUCCUUCCCUUCAAGCUGAGCUAGUAGGAGUCUCUGCCACCCAGGAUUCCACCCUUCAGCCACCUGUGGUCAGCAGUGCACUGGAGGACAAACCCCAUAUCAGAGAUGAGAGGAUAGAUAAGAAAAGUCAUGGCUCCAAGCAAUUUUUAUAUCUUAUCUUGGGCGGUGUGGGUGUUUUAUUCCUGGUGUCUUUUGCCCUAGCUUGGGUCAUCUACAAGAAAAUAAAAGCCAAGGAAGUCAAGAAAAAUUCUAAGACUGUCACGGAUAAUUACUCUUGGGUACCAGAUCAAGGGGAGAGCAGGGCAGCAGGAAGCAAGGAGGGCUUGUAUAUGCAGAAUAUCUUCCUGGCAUUUUCCCAUAAGUGCAGUGUCCAUAGGGAAGUGGCGAUGAGCAGCCUGAGAGCGGGGCUGGCGUCUCCCGCACCGUCUCCGGCGCCGAUCCCCUUAGGCGCGCAGUGCCUGGGCUCCGCCUGCUUCGGUUUAUUCGGCGUUUCCAAGAGUUUCGCGGAGGCGGGCGGCGUGUGCGAGGAAGGCGGCGGGCACCUCAUGACGGUCCGCUCCACGGUGGCGGCGGAAGCCAUAGCGCUGCUGGUGCUGCGCGACCGGCCCGGCAGCGCCUGGCUCGGCUUGCGCCUGCCCGGAAACCGCUGCGUGGAGCCGGCGAAACGCCUGCGGGGAUUUCAGUGGGUGACGGGCGACGAGCGGACGGACUUCCAAGCUUGGGAGAGCAACGGGUCCGGCGCAAAAGGCCCCACCUGCGGCCCCACCUGCGUGGCGGUGACUCGGGAACUGAAGUGGCAGGAGCGCGCCUGCAACGCCUCCGCCGAAGCCAUCCUGUGCGAGUACAACUACCCCAACGGGACCUGCGGGCCCCUGCCGGCUACCUUCGCCAUCACUUACUUCACGCCCUUCGGCGCCCGAGAAAGUGAUCUGGUGGCCUCUCCGCCGGGCACUAGGGCGGAGGUGCACAGUUUGGGCGCCGUUCUGGAGUGCCACCCUCAGGGCAGCAACGGGUCUUUGGACUGGGGCUCAACCGCGCCCGGCGCCUGGGCUUGCCAGUUGCAAAACGGGGGCUGCGACGAUCAGUGUUAUUUGGACGAGCAAGGGAGACCCCUCUGCGCCUGCCUGGAAGGCAAGGCGUUGUUGGACGACCAACGGAGCUGCUGGUCCCCCUGUGCCAGUUUAGGAUGCCAGCAGCAUUGUGUGCCUCAGGAUGACUCGGCCGUCUGCAUGUGCUAUGAGGGUUAUAAGCUGGAUUCCGAUGGCAAGACCUGCCUGGACAUCGAUGAUUGUCAAGCCACCCCAGGGCUUUGUGAACAGGAGUGCAUUAACACUCGGGGCGCAUUUGAGUGCCGCUGCUGGAAAGGCUACGAUCUGGUGAAGGGCAAAUGCCUCCCAGAAAAAUGGGGGUGCUUUGAUUUAAGGUGUGAACAUGACUGCAACCUUGUUGAUGGAGAGUAUAAAUGCACAUGUUUCGAGGGAUAUAUUCCAGACCCCAGAAAACCUGACAAGUGUCUCCAAGUCUGUAACCAGUCUGAAUGUGCUCCAGAGUGUGAACCUCACAAUCUAAACGAAUGCUAUUGUCCAGAAAACUUUAUCCUUGACGAGAAAAUGGAUGGUAGGAAAGUAUGCACAGACAUCGAUGAGUGUGAGUCUGGAUUCUGUGGUUCCUUGAAGUGCAUAAAUAUUCCUGGCGGUUACAACUGCUUCUGCCCCAAUGGACUUAUUAAAGAAGAGGGCAGCUUCUGUGAGCUACCAUCAGAACCAGAUGACUUUUCAGGUGAAACUGAAACGCCUCCCAAAUCACCUGUUCCUCCUUCCUUUGCCCCACCAGAGGAUGGGAGCAGCCGAGGGACAUUGGUUGCGAUCAUUGUCAGCGUAACCUUUACGGUUGUGAUGUUGGUAGUUAUUAUCUGCUACCUGGUGAAGAAACGCUAUGCUGCGCAAAGCAUAUCAGACUGCAAAUCCCAGCAGUCUGAAAGUGGUGUGGCUCUUCAGCAAGUUAGCCUGACGUGUGACUCUUCCAGACAGAAAAUGUAGGAAACAUUUCCUUUUGGAAGGAGAAAAGAGACAAUAAUUUUAAAAAACUGCCAGGAAAUGUUUAUGGAUUUGUGCGUGGAGGGGAGUCCCGUACAGAGGCUGUUUAAUCCAUAACUGCCUUCAUGAACUCUGAAGCAAUAUUUUCCUUUCAUUUCCUGAGAGUUAAUUGUCAUGCCGUGAGAGCAAUGUUAGUACUUGACACUGACUUAUAAUGUGAAUCCCACUUGUGCAGAGAAAUGGAGUCUGGGGUGCAUUUCUGUAGGGCUUCAGUUCUACCCUUCUUUUCUCCAAAUGCAACAUGAUUGGCCUAUGAUUUGUUGUACAGAUAGGAUGCUGCUUGUGUUGAAGAUCAAGGUCAAAUGAAAUGGGAGGGAUAUUAAACUCUUCUACAAGUAUUUUGUCUGGAAGCUUUCACUGUUAAACAUAUAUUUCUAAUUCCCAGCUUUCACCUUGUUAACACUACUGGACAACAAUUCUAUGUAAGUCUUGGCAUAGCCUCUGUUAAUGUUGAAGGAGUUAGCUAUCAGCCAAAUUAUCCAUUUAAUUUGCAUUACACUACUAUGCAGCCCCAUUCUCCUUCUCCCCCACCCCGCUUUUUAUUACAGAUUUUGGCUUUUACCUUCUUUAUUAUUCAGUUUGUAAUACAAACUUUCUGUGUUGUCAAAGUAGUUUUGUGUGCUUGCUGUUAUAAGCUACUUUAUUGUGAUGUUGUUCCUUUUUUCCUUUACGCGACUUUCCUUUGUCUUCAUCUUAAUUUCAGAUUGUUCUGUUUGUUUCACAGUGGGUUUCUCUAACUGAAAAACAUGUGAUAUACCAGUUUGCACUUUGGACAUUUUUAUUUAACUGGAUUAAAUUCCUUUCUUUCAUGUUUUCUUUAUAAUAUAAAAUGUUCGCCAGUUUUAAUGGAAACUGUAUCAUGCCUUUCAGAUUUUCAGUACUGUAUUGGAAAGAGUUGGAGAAUGACAUUUUAAUGCCUUCAUUUGAGAAACUCUUUCAUUUUUAUUUGAGAUGAUAAGCAUGAUAAAAGGACUUUAAACAUUGUAAAGCGAAUUGUAUCUAAUCGUGCCUGAACCAAAAUCCAGCUAAAUGUAAGCCUUUUGCAUUGAUUUCAGGUACCAAGUGUAACCAAAGGCUAAAUGUGAACUAAUUAAUACUUGGUGAAUUUUAUCAUACCUGGAUUCUUUCAGAGUUGUGAUUUCACCAUUGCAAUAUCUUAUUGGGAGUUUGCAAAAAACGUUACAGGCAUUUGUUGAAUACUAUAGCCAUGUCUUUGUGAAGGAUUUUUAUAACUUCUAAUGUCACCCAACUGUUAGUGAAGCAAUAAGAAGUUUAUUAUUAUUACUGUGUUACCAGCAGAGAAACAACUGGAUGAAAAUGUAAGGGGCUAUGAAUCAUUAGUAAGGAAAAUUAUCAAUCUUGCUGUUAAUUUGAUAACACAGUUCCAAUGUGGUAUUUUUUUACACUUUAAAAUGUGGCUCUUUUAAUAAAUGGAACCGAAUGAGAUAGUUUAUAAAUGAAUGUUUUAUGUCUAUAUUUAUAUAGAAAAUAUGCCAUAAAGUUAUUUUUCCAUCCUAUGUACAUAAAAAGUCCAUCUCUAUAAAAUUUGCAGCAUGAUCUCUUUCACAUACUACAUACAUGUUGUGUUUCAAGCAUCUCCUUAUUUUGCCUGGAUUUCCAGAUUUGAUAUGGUAGAUUUCUUGAACCUCAAGGAUAAAGUUGCAAGGAUUAAAUAAAGCUAUAUUAGCUUCAUGCCUGUCCUUCAUUCAAGUAAUAUUACACUUAUUUGAAAAAAAAAACACAAUUCACACGUACUAUGUACCUGUUUCUGUUAAAAUUAAAUAAACAUUUACAAAGUUGCACAAGGGAACAGAAUGAUCAACGAAGAACUAAAGAACUAAAAUUAACUGCUGGAUUAAUUUUAAUGAGUUCAGUAAUAAAGAUCCUUUUUGUCUAGACAUUUGUGAAAUGAGCAUACUUAUUAAGUUUUUUGUUAUUUCAAGAAGUGUAUGUAUACUAUCAGGAAAGAAAAUAUUACAGUGACAUUGUGACCAUCA